GCCAAUCAGCGCUCGGGCCGGCGCGAGGCCACGCCCCCCGGGAAGAUGGCGGCGCUGCGGGCGCUGCGGUGGCGGCGGCGGCUCCCGGGGCCGGGCCCGGGGCUGGGCCCGAGGCGGCUCCUGGGCACCGCGGCCCCCCCCGAGGAGCGGCCGCAGUUCCCGGGCGCCUCGGCCGAGUUCGCCGAGCGCCUCGAGUUCAUCCAGCCACGCGUGCUGGCCGGGAUCCCCGUGUACCGCGUCAUGGACCGCCAGGGACACGUGAUCCGAGAGAGCGAGGACCCACAGCUGCCCAAGGAGCAGGUGCUGAAGCUCUACCGGACGAUGACGCUGCUCAACACCAUGGACAGGAUCCUGUACGAGUCCCAGCGCCAGGGCCGCAUCUCGUUCUACAUGACCAACUACGGCGAGGAGGGGACGCACGUGGGCAGCACCGCCGCCCUGGACAGCGCCGACCUCGUCUUUGGGCAGUACCGCGAGGCAGGUGUGCUGCUGUACCGGGGCUACCCCCUGGAGCUGUUCAUGGCGCAGUGCUACGGCAACGCGCGCGACCCCGGCAAGGGCCGGCAGAUGCCGGUGCACUACGGCUGCCCCGAGCGCCACUUCGUCACCAUCUCGUCCCCCGCUGGCCACGCAGAUCCCGCAGGCCGUGGGCGCGGCCUACGCCAUCAAGCGCGCGGACGCCAGCCGCGCCGUGGUCUGCUACUUCGGCGAGGGCGCGGCCAGCGAGGGCGACGCGCACGCCGGCUUCAACUUCGCCGCCACGCUCGAGUGCCCCAUCGUCUUCUUCUGCCGCAACAACGGCUACGCCAUCUCCACGCCCACCUCCGAGCAGUACCGCGGCGACGGCAUCGCGGCGCGGGGCCCCGGCUACGGGCUGCUCUCCAUCCGCGUGGACGGCAACGACGUCUUCGCCGUCUACAACGCCACGCGGGAGGCGCGGCGCCGCGCCGUGGCCGAGAACCAGCCCUUCCUCAUCGAGGCCAUGACCUACAGAAUCGGCCACCACAGCACGAGCGACGACAGCUCGGCGUACCGCUCGGUGGACGAGGUGAAUUACUGGGACAAGCAGGACCACCCCAUCUCCCGCCUGCGCCACUACCUGACCCGGAGAGCCUGGUGGGACGAGGACAUGGAGAGGGAGUGGAGGAAGAGCUCCCGGAAAAUGGUGCUGGAGGCGUUCGAGCAGGCCGAGCGGGAGCCGAAGCCGCCGCCGCGCCUCCUCUUCUCCGACGUGUACCGCGAGAUGCCCCCGCGGCUGCGGCGGCAGCGCCAGGAGCUGGAGCGGCACCUGGAGGCCUACGGGGAGCACUACCCGCUCCAGCACUUCCAGAAAUAGCCAAAAUCCCCAAAAAUCCCCCAAAAUCCCGGGGAUUUGGGCAAAAUCCUGGGAAUUCCAUCAAAAUCCCGAAAUUUCACAAAUCCGCCCCAAAUCGGAUCCAAAUCCGCCCCAAAUCUGCCCAAAAUCCACCCCCAAAUGGCACCUGCAGGCCUACGGGGAGCACUACCCCCUGCAGCAGUUCCAGAAAUGAGCCAAAAUCCCCCAAAAUCCCGGGGAUUUGGGCAAAAUCCUGAAAUUUCACAGAUUUGACCCAAAUCCGACCCAAAUCCGACCCGAAUCUGCCCCAAAUCCAUCCCCAAUUUACCCCAAAUGGCACCUGCAGGCCUACGGGGAGCACUACCCGCUGCAGCAGUUCCAGAAAUGAGCCAAAAUCCCCCAAAAUCCCGGGGAUUUGGGCAAAAUCCUGGGAAUGUGGGCAAAAUCCUGAAAUUUCACAAAUUUACCAGAAAUCCGCCCCAAAUCCACCCGAAAUUUACCCCAAAUCCCACCUGGAGACCCCCAGGGAGCACUGCCCGCUCCAGCAGUUCCAAAAAUGACCCAAAAUCCUGGGAAUUUGGGCAAAAUCCCUGGAAUUCCAUCCAAAUCCUGAAAUUUCACAAAUCCGCCCCGAUUAUAACCCAAAUCUGCCCCAAAAGUGGCCUAAAAAUCCCCAAAAAUUCCCUAAAAUCCCCUGGGAAUUCCUUAAAAAUAUCUGGGAAUUCCCUAAAAAUCCCAAAAAUGCCUUAAAAAUAUCCAGGAAUUCCUUAAAAAAUCCGGGAAUUCCCUAAAAAUCCCGAGAUUCCCCAAAUCUGCCCCAGAUUUGCCCCAAAUCCCACCUGGAGACCCCUGGGGGCUUUUCCCACCCUGGCAGUUCCAGAAAUUCCCUAAAAAAACCCAAAUUCCCUAAAAAACCCCAAAUUCCCUAAAAAAACCCCAGAAUUCCCUAAAAAUUCCCAGAAUCCCCUAAAAAAACCCCCGGAAUUCCCUAAAAAACCCCAAAUUCCCUAAAAAAAACCCCAAUAAAUGUUAUUUUGGAGAGGAGAAGCCUCAGGAAUUUUGGGAUUGGAUCUCUGGGAUUUUUGGGAUUUUUGGGAUGGAUUUUGGGAUGGAUCUUCGGGAUUUUGGGGAUUGGGUCCCUGGAAUUUUUGGGAUUGGAUCUUUGGGAUUUUGGGAUGGAUUUUUGGGAUUUUUUUUGGGAUUUGAUCUCUGGAAUUUUUGGGAUUUUUGGGAUUUGAUCUCUGGGAUUUUGGGAUGGAUUUUUGGGAUUGAAUCCCUGGAAUUUUGGGAUUGGAUCUUUGGGAUUUUUGGGAUGGAUUUUUGGGAUUUUUGGGAUGAUUCUUUGGAAUUUUGGGAUUGAAUCUCUGGAAUUUUUGGGAUGGAUUUUUGGGAUUUUGGGAUGGGUUUCUGGAAUUUUGGGAUUGGAUCUUUGGCAUUUUGGGAUGGAUUUUUGGGAUCUGAGGGCCCUGGGAAUUUCAGGAACACCCAAAAAACCCCAAAUCCACCAAAAAUAAAGGAUUGAUUUCAGGAAA